AGCCGAGCGGGAGUGAUUUGGGGAAGUGGGCGAGGAGGGAGCCGGCGGCACCGUGCUGGGCGCAGGCAGGUGGAGGAUGAACGGCGAAGCCGAGUGCCCUGCAGACUUGGAAAUGACAGCUCCCAAAAACCAAGACCGCUGGUCGCAGGAGGACAUGCUAACCCUCCUGGAGUGCAUGAAGAAUAACCUGCCCUCCAACGACGGGAGCAAGUUCAAAACCACCGAGUCCCACCUGGAUUGGGAAAAAGUGGCUUUCAAGGACUUCUCGGGGGAAAUGUGCAAGAUGAAGUGGAUGGAGAUCUCUAACGAGGUGAGAAAGUUCCGGACCCUCACAGAACUCAUUAUGGAUGCUGAAGAGCACGUCAAGAAUCCUUACAAAGGCAAAAAGCUCAAGAAACACCCUGACUUCCCCAAGAAGCCCCUGACUCCCUAUUUCCGCUUCUUCAUGGAGAAGCGAGCCAAAUACGCCAAGCUUCACCCUGAAAUGAGCAACCUGGAUCUCACCAAGAUCCUGUCCAAGAAAUACAAGGAGCUUCCCGAGAAGAAAAAGAUGAAAUACAUCCAGGACUUCCAGCGAGAGAAGCAGGAGUUUGAGAGGAACCUGGCGAGGUUCAGGGAAGACCACCCGGAUCUCAUCCAGAACGCCAAGAAAUCUGACGUCCCCGAAAAACCCAAGACCCCUCAGCAGCUGUGGUACAACCACGAGAAGAAGAUCUACUUGAAAGUGCGUCCAGAUGCCACCACGAAGGAGGUGAAAGAGUCGCUGGGCAAGCAGUGGUCUCAACUCUCGGAUAAAAAGAGGCUGAAAUGGAUUCAUAAGGCCCUGGAACAGCGGAAGGAGUACGAGGAGAUCAUGCGUGACUACAUCCAGAAGCAUCCUGAGCUGAACAUCAGUGAGGAGGGCAUCACCCGCUCCACUCUCACCAAGGCUGAGCGGCAGCUCAAGGACAAGUUCGACGGACGACCCACGAAACCACCUCCGUAAGUGCUGUUCC